AUAAUCGAGAAGUGAAAAAAUUAAUUAUUUAAUUAAUUAUUAAUUUAUUUCAAUUAUAAAUUAAUUAAUUAUUACCCCUACUGCACACAUACAAACUUAGUUUCUUUGACAAAGGCAUGUUUUCUUCUGUGCCUUUGUAAGCCCAGUGUGUAAAAACCGUUAGGCUUAACUGUCAUUAACAAACGAAGUCUGCUAGAAAGGAAAAGAGCUGUGAAGAAAUGACAAAUGUAAAUGCUGCAAAGAAUAAAUGGAUGGUGCAUUGGAGAAAUUUAAAUCCCCAGGUCCGUGAAGUCAUCAACAAACGAAAGGGCAGGGAAGAAAAGAAACCAACAGGAGCCGUCAAUAAUGUAGCAAAAAAUAACAAUGCUUCAGUUGUGAGAAAAACCAACAAAAUUAAGACUACCAAAGAGGAGGUACAAAAUCGCAAGGCAGAGAUAAACAGGAAAAAUGGUCUGGAAACCAUAAUCGGUAAGGGUAACAAAGGCUAUGAUUUACUCAAGAAAAUGGGCUAUGAAGAUGGUCAAAGUUUGGGUAAGGAUAAUACGGGAAUAUUACAACCAAUAAUGCUCGAAAUUAAAACCGAUCGCAAGGGUUUGGGUGCAAUGAAUUCCCAAAAGGUCGUAACAAAAAAGGCAGCAACUAAAAUUCAACAAGCUGCAACUUCAUCGAUUGCUUCCAACAAAGCAACAUUUGUAAAGGAACAACAAAUAACAACAGCAUCACCAAGGGUCGUAACAAAUAAUCCGACAACUAAAACUUUGGCUGUUACACUAACUGUUCCUUCGAACAAAGCAACGCUUGUAGAGCAAAAACAAAUGACAACACCAUCAACAAUCCCACCUAGGGAUGUUCCAUAUUCUGCAACGAAUGGCUGUGACAGUGGCCAUACAAAGAAACAAGACACGACAUGUGUAAGCCCGCCCGGGACAACCAUAAAUCUACACAAUACCUCAAGUGUGACAAAGAAGAAAUCUCCAUUGGAAAUCCUUAUUGAAUCCCAUAGCUUUAAUGAUCCGAAAUUUUUACAGACAAUUUUCAAUGAUUAUAUCUCAAAAAUAGAACUGAUGCAACUACGCCUGGAGGCAUCAGCCUCCAAGAAUCCAACAGCAAGUGAUGACAAUGAUUUAAUUGUGACCCGAAUCCACAUUGCCAACGCCGAGGAACGAAUAAAACAAAGUCACAUUGAUUUUCUGCGAGCCGAAUUGGUCGGUUGGAUAGGUGCCUAUCAGAAACAGGAAUUGUGCACACCCAUAUUUCAUAAUAUGCUACCAUUUGAAAUGUACAUCAGUAUUACAUGUGAAAAUAUGUAUUCCUAUGAUUGCCUUAGGCAAUGUAUUGAUGACAUUAAUCAUUCCGGAGCAGAAACGAAAUUCAACUUGACCCGUCUGCCGUACAACACUACGGUUAUAUACUGUUUCGAUGCCAUCUAUGAGGGUGUAGUGGCCGAUCCUGAACUAUUUCUCAUUCAAAUACAAAAACAUAAACCGAAAUUAAGAAUCGAACAUUGGAUGACAAUUAAACAUGAAGUAUUCGCUGAACAACGACGUACUUAUUUUAUGUUUCUCAUCGAUGAACGUUCAGCAUUGGCUCUGCAGUUUCAGUAUAACAGCACAUGUUGUAUUUGUUUGCAAAAUCUAUUGUUUCGCAAUCGUGGAGUUGUUGCCGAUGAGUGAAUGAAUGAAUGAUGAUGGACAAGAGGUAAUUGAGAUCAUAUUGAUCUGUUUCAUGUUUAGUCUUAAAUUUUAUUUUAUAUCAAGCGGCUGGAUUACGCGACGAACUUUUACUUCAAUUCAAUUUAUAUUGGUUUUGAUGUAAUCGAAUUAUUUUUAUGUUUUUGAAUUUAUUUUAAAUACAAACAUUUUGUAUUGACACAUUA